CUCCACCCCUCGCUAAACACCAGCCAUGUCAGAUCAACCAGCGUCGGGAUUGCCUGGCCCCAACAUUACUUAUGAUGCCUCUGGCUCCAUCAUUGCUUAUUACAAUGAUGCACCGGUUGUCUACAACCCCGGUGACUUGGCGUGGAUCAUCGCCGCUACCGCCCUUGUGUGGAUCAUGAUUCCCGGUGUUGGCUACUUCUACUCCGGCCUUCUACGGAGAAAGAACGCCCUCUCCAUGAUCUACCUCUCCAUGAUGACGCUCGCGGUUGUUUCUUUCCAAUGGUUCUUCUGGGGCUACUCACUCGCUUUCAGCGAGACAGCCGGUCCAUAUAUCGGUGAUUUGCGCCAUUUCGGUCUGAUGAAGGUACUCGAUCAGCCUUCGGUCGGCUCCAGCAAGAUCCCUGCCAUCCUCUUCUGCGUGUACCAGCUCAUGUUCGCGGCAAUCACUCCCAUCCUCGCCAUUGGUGCUGUAGCAGAGCGCUCUCGCCUUGGCCCGCUGAUCGUCUUCGUCUUCGUAUGGGCUACCAUCGUGUACGACCCCAUUGCUUGCUGGACAUGGAACCCGAACGGAUGGGUAUUCCAGCUCGGUGGCCUCGAUUUCGCUGGAGGCACACCCGUGCAUAUCAGCUCCGGUACGGCUGGUCUCGCUAUUUCCAUCUACCUUGGCAAACGUCGCGGCUACGGCACUGAGCGUCUCGCCUACAAACCCCACAACACUACCUACGUUGUUCUCGGCACAGUAUUUCUCUGGUUCGGCUGGUUCGGCUUCAACGGCGGUUCAGCACUCGCGGCCAACCUGCGCGCCAUCCAGGCUUGCAUCGUCACCAAUCUCGCCGCAUCCGUUGCCGGCCUGACCUGGAUGUGCCUCGACUGGCGCCUUGAGCGCAAGUGGUCCGCCGUCGGCUUCUGCUCCGGUGCUAUCGCCGGUCUCGUUGCCAUCACCCCCGCUUCCGGUUUCGUUGGCUCUCCUGCUGCCGUCCUUUACGGCGUCCUUGCCGGCAUUGGGUGCAAUUUUGCCACCAAGCUCAAGUUCAUCUUCAAGUACGACGAUGCCCUCGAUAUCUACGCUUCCCACGCCAUUGGCGGUGUGAUCGGCAACCUCCUCACUGGCCUGUUUGCCCAGGCCUCAGUAGCCAACUUCGACGGCAUCACCAUCAUCCCUGGAGGCUGGCUCGACCACAACUACCGCCAGCUCGGCAUCCAGCUUGCCGACUCUGUAUCUGGCAUGGCCUACUCCUUUGUGAUGACCACCAUCAUCCUCUGGAUCAUGCACUUCAUUCCCGGGCUCUGCCUGCGUACUACCGAGGAAGCAGAGAUCAUUGGCAUUGAUGAUGCUGAGAUGGGCGAGUUCGCCUACGAUUACGUUGGUGUUGAUGCCGAGCUUGGCUACAAGCCCGAGCCAGCGCUCAGCACAGAAAGCGUUGAUCCGACGCCGUACAUGCCUGCUCCUCUCCCGGACAAUGGCUCUAAUGAGACGACGGAGAAGGCUGUACCUGCUGCAUGAGCGGCUGCGUUGGGCUGCUCUCGUCAUACUUGCAUCUUAUCACAUAUAUAUAAUGGUUCACAUGUACCGAUGAUUCCCCUCUGCUAGGGGAAUUUGACGGUUGUUCGAUUGUCAUAGAGUAGGAAGAAAUGAUAUCUUG